ACAGCAGCCCAGUGGUGACAUUAUUUCUCUGAUGACAUGUGAGGAAGUGAUCAGCCCUUGCAUGGCGUGUACCUAGACUUCUUUCUAACGCUUAUGGGAGGAUCAGCUACACUGUUAUUUGCUGCGUUGUGUCAGAUCAAGAGCCCGUCAGCGCUGAUGUAUCUGUAAACAUUUCUCUGACGUUCCUAGAUUAAACAAGUUAAAUUAUAGAUUUCUGUCUCUAAAGCACAAGUGGGGGUUUCUUGAGGGAAAAGGAGCUGGGGCCACCACCGCCAACAAGGUUCAGUAGCUCUAACACUCAAACAUAACAUAAAUUUUGCUUCUUUACACUAAACGAAUUAGUUAAAAUUCAUUUUUUUUAUUCCUUAUAUUUUCCUUGUACGUUUUCCUUGUAUUUUCAGUCAAAAAGUGCAUUUAAUUUGAUCUCCUCUCUGAAAUUUUUUUAUUUAUUUUUUGUCCUGAAUGUUGCAUUGGUUAAAACAUUUGCCCCUCUGAGUAUUAUUUUCUUUUUUUGUGUUGUGUAAAUAUGAACAUGCCAAACAUACAAUAUGUACUUGGUAGUAUCUACUUUGGCUGUAAUGUUCUUACUUAGAGCAGGAAGACUCUGAAACAGCUGAAAAACAAACGUUUACUGAUAAAAGUAUUCCUGGUUAAUAUCUGCUCCAUUAAUGACAGUUUAGAAAAGUUCUGCUCUGGUUCCGUGUCUGUUGUUGCUGCCGAUCUGCGGCUCUACUCCAGUCCACCAGGGGCGGUAAAUGGACCAAUCAGCUGCUUUGUUUCAGUGACGUCCACCGGAAGUGAAACCAAGCGCCAGCAGCAGUGUGUGUGGACUCAGCGGGAUGAUGGCUAUCAACUGGAACCAGAACUAAAGCUGAGCAGAACCGCCAUGGAGCUGCAGAGACAAAGUUCUGAAACCCAAAAGCCUCAUGCCUUCAUGGAGGAGGAAGCUUCUGCUGUCCCACAGCUCUGUAACCAGGGGAGAAGGUCCAGUCAUGAUCAGACGGAAGUAGAAGCUCAGAGGACUGAAGAGGAAAAGAUGGAACCAGAUCCUGCUUUAAAUGAAGAACAAGAGAUGCCAAGACCUCAGUGGAUUAAAGAGGAAAAUAACAUUCCAGAGUUUUCCUGUGUUAAUUUGAAACAGGAGGAACCAGAACAUCCACUAAAUGAAAGAAGGGAAGAACCAGGACCUCCCCUGAUUAAAGAAGUAAAGGAAACUCAAGAACCUUGUCUGUUUGAAGAACAAAAUCAAUCAGAAUGUUCACUGAUGGAGGAAGUAAAGGAACCAGAUUCUUCACAGCUUAAUCAUGAACACAUGGUACCAGAACAUUUACCAACUAGACAGGAGCAGAAGGACCUUCACAGUGGUCAGGAUGGAGAACAGAAGAAGUCCACUGCUCUGAUGGAGACUUCUACUCUUCAGAAAGACCUCCAAAAGCAACAUGUCUCCAUGGAGGAGGAAGUUUCUGCCAUUCAAAAUCUCUGCAACCAGAGGAGAAGGUCCAGUCAUGACCAGGAGGAAGCAGAAUGUUGGUGGACUGAAGAGGAACAGAUGGAACCAGAUCCUCCUCUGACUGAAGAACAAGGGGAAUUAGUACCUCCAUGUACUAAAGAAGAAAAGGAGGAACCAACACCUCCACUGAUUAAAGAAGAACAGGUGGAGCCUGAGUCUUCAUGGGCUAAAGAGGAACAAAUGGAACCAGAACCAUUGAUUGAAGAACCAGAGAACCCAGAACUUCCACGGAUUAAGGUAGAAAAGGAAGAACCAGAUUCUUCAAGGCUUAAACAUGAACAGCAGGAUCCUGAACAUUUACCAACUAGAAGGGAUCAGGAGGAUGUCUGCAGCAGUAAAGAGGGAGAGCAGCUUGUCCAGAAGCAGUCUGUUGCUCUAAUGGAGACCUUUACCCUUCAGGAACAUGAAGGAGAACCAAGAACUGAGCAGCUUUCCUUUCAUAUCUCUCCUGUAGUUCAAACCAAAGACCAGGAAGGAAGCAGCUCCACUGGGUCAGAGAGUCAGUCUUUCACUGACACUAAGAAAAAGUCUUUAAAAUGUGAUGUUUGUGGAAAGUCUUGGAAGAAGAAAUAUCAAUUGAAAAUGCAUUACAGAACCCACACAGGUGAGAGGCCUUUUUCCUGUCAGACAUGCGGAAAAAGUUUCACCUCAAUGGAUAAUUUAAAUGUUCACAUAAGAAUCCACACAGGUGAGAAGCCCUUUUCUUGUAAAACAUGCGGGAAAAGUUUCACCCAAAUAGGCAAUUUAAAUGUUCACAUGAGAACCCACACAGGUGAGAGGUGUUUUUCUUGUCAGAUAUGUGGAAAAACUAUCAUUGCACCGAAUGACUUAAAAAGUCACAUGAGAACGCACAAAGGAGAAAGACUUUUUUCUUGUCAGACAUGCGGAAAAAGUUUCACCUCAAUAAGCAAUUUAAAUGUUCACAUUAGAAUCCACACAGGUGAGAGGCCCUUUUCUUGUCAGACAUGCGGAAAAGGUUUCACUCAACUGAGUGAUCUAAAUGUUCAUAUGAGAGUCCACACAGGCGAGAGGCCUUUUUCUUGUCAGACAUGCGGAAAAACUUUUCUUGUACGAAGUAAUUUAAACAGUCACAUGAUAGCCCACACAGGUGAAAGACCUUUUUCUUGUCAGAUAUGCAGAAAAACUUACUCUCGCUUAUGUACUUUAAAAGUUCACAUGAGAAUCCACACAGGUGAGAGGCCUUUUUCUUGUCAGACAUGCGGAAAAAGUUUCAUUGGACCAAGUCAUUUAAAUAGUCACAUUAAAACCCACACAAGUGAAAGACCUUUUUCUUGUCUGACAUGCAGAAAAAGUUUCACUCGACUGAGUCUUUUAAAUGAUCACUUGAGAACCCACCCAGGUGAGAUGCCUUUUUCAUGUCAGACAUGUGGAAAAGGUUUCAUUCAACUAGUCAGUUUAAAUGUUCACAUGAGAACCCACACAGGUGAGAAGCCUAUUUCAUGAGGACUAUUUGGACAAAGCUUCGCUCAAGGUGGCAGUUUGAACCUUCACAUGAAAUGAAAACACAAAAGUGAGAAGUAGUCUGUUUUUUCUGUUUGUUUGUUUUUUGUUUUUUUAAACAAAUAUUCUUCCUUUUAGUUUUCCAUUAGAGGCCAUCUGCUGUCACCUUCUGGAUUGGAGUCUUGUCUUUUCUAAAAAUGUAAAGUCUUUCUUGAAGAUCUAUUCUGUUUUUUAGAUUGAAGCAAUGUUUUACACUCAGUUCUUUCACCUAAGAAAUAUCUACACAUUUCAAGGCUGAGUAAUAGACUGAUAUGUUUUUUCUUUCAGUUAAGUGUUGAGAUGUUUUAUGUUCGGAGAGUUUAUGUUGGCAAACUUCUUCAUUUUUGUAUUCCUUAUUGUACGUUACUGAUAGAAAUUUAAAAAAAUCGCAAGAAUAAUUCUCCAGAGCAGGAUCAAAGUUUUUUGCCUUUUUCAUCUACUAUUUUUAGAAGCAGCUGAAUAAGCUUUUUAAUCCUUGUUUUUCUUUUCUAAACUUGAUAUUUUUGUAUCAUUUUAAUCUUGAAUUUUAUCUUUUAAUGAUCACAUUUUAUUUACUCAAAAAACUUGUCACUUAGAGUUUUUUUCCCCCUUUUUCGAAGUGUCCUUCCAAUCUGUCAUCAAGAUUUUGGUUAUUUCCAAGGAUCUUAUAUAUUGAGGAAUCGUGUAGGUUUUCUGUUUUAUUUUAAAUAUUUUUUUAUUUUAAAUCCUGACCACUCUAGUAAGCUUGAUUGACAUUCUUAGCAUGCAUGUGUAAAAUCUCUAGAGUAAGAUAAGAGGGUGUCAGUUCUUCUGAUGCCUUUCAGAUUUAUCCAAUUAACUGUUGGCUGCAAUGUUUAAAUUUGAUUACAAUGACUAGCCUUGGGUCAAAUAGGGUCUAGUACAGCAGGUCGAUUCAACUGCUUAUAUUGAUUUUCAAUAGAUGUCAAAUACAUGUUUUAUUGAUAAUUGAUUUUGCAUUCAUGUUUACAUUUUUGAGUCCU